UUUAAAAAGGGUAAAUGGAAAAACAAAGGAAGAUGUUAAGACGCUGAAUGCUGUGAUUUUGCUUAAGACAAUUUUUUGAAAUACCAACUAACCACAUGUAGCUAUAAAAUAGAUGAUGAUUUAACUAGAAAUACUUACAUUGCAACAAACUGUCCUUCUGUCUCCACAUCUACAUCUAAUGAGCAUACUCAUAGACAUUUAUUACCACUUGCCAAUCUUCCUUUGGGUACAACAAAGAUGCAGACACAUGGCAGUAAAAGUCAGCAAGAUGAUAGUGUUCAGCAAACUCAGCAACAGCAAUAUAGUCAGGGACAUCAGCAACAACAGUUUGGGAAAUUGAGUGAAGACUUAAAGCAACAUACUCAUGGCCAUGAAGAGCAGCAGAAUUUCAACUACCAGCAAGUUAAUGAGACCCAUGGCUUACAGGAACAAGAAGAUGUAGAGAAAGCACAGCAUUGUGCUCUGGAAAUAUUUACAUCAAUAUCUCAACAUGUAAACAAUGCAAUUGUUGAUUUUAAUAUUGCUAAUGAUGACAGAAACUGUGUAUCAAGGGCACAAGCUACCCAGUCAUUGAAAUGUGAUUCUGAAUUAAAUUUUCCAGUGCAAAACAGAUUAAAUGAAAAUGUGUGCCAAAGUAAUGUCCUUUCCAGUGUUACACCAAAUGUACAAGUUCCUGUAUCUGUCAGUGAAGAUUCACAACCAUUGAUUCAAGCCAAUCAGGGAGAUCUUUCAUACACAGAUGAAUCACAUUGCAAUGUUAACAUUGACAUGGUUAAAGCAGUUAAGGUUAGUUUGAAUACAGAUACUAAAAAGAUAGAUUUGGAAGAAACUUCUUAUCCAUUUAAAGAUGAUUAUACAUGUCCAUGCAAGUACGAUUUUAUUAAACAUGCUGACAAUAAAGUGAAGAAGUAUAUAUGUGGAAGUUGCUGUAGUAAGUUUAUCUCUAUCUGUCUUUUACAUCACCACCUUGAACUUCAUGGAUCUGGAGGUUCCUAUCACUUUGACCAUAUUAGUCACACUGCCUUCCCUAAAUAUGACACAUUCUGUAGCUUUACUCAAACUGAAAAUGAUUAUCAUAGUAGGACAGAUGAAUCUAUAGUGAUCAAAGAUGUAAACAGUUGUGAUGAAGUGAAGGCUACUAAGUCAGUUAUUCAACAAAGUGGUAAUUUACUCUCGAGUAAACCUGAAGUAUUGCAGCAGAAGUUGGCAGCUCCUUCAAGACAUAGGAGGAAGCAAAUUAAUCCGAAACCAAAGAAACUUACAAUCUCAUAUCAGAAAAAAAAUGAUAAAAUUAGGAAAUCUAGAAGUAAACUUGAAGGAAAAGAUAGAAUAAAUCCUAAAGUGUACAUUAAAGAUUCUGAAGUGUACAUUAAAAAGGACACUAAAGAAGACUUGAUAGAUUCUGAUGUUGUAGAAGAAAGUAAAACAAUUAAACAGACUGACUCAGUUGGAGUUUAUCAUGGAGAUGAAAUAGAAGGCUCAGUCACCACAAGUAUUACUAGGGAAAUUUCUGAUGACAGCAAAAACAAUGGUGUAAUAAAACCUUUUAAAAAGAGGGGAAGACCUAGAAAGACAGAAGGCUUAAAUGAAACUAGGUUGGUGAAGAAAAGGAAAAUUAUGAAAAAGGAUAAAAUGGUUGGGAACAGAGAUAAUAAAAAAGGGACUAAAAUUGACAUUAUUCAAGAAAAUGAUGUAUCAUGGGUAAUGGAACAAACAAAGGAAACUGAUGCUCAGUCAGUAGAUACUUUUAAUUGUACAACCAGCUCUGAGAUAGUUAAAGUUAAACAGAAAGUACGUAAAAAUGCUAGCAAAUUGGAGAUGUGUGAUGUAUGUGGUUUACCUGUACCAAAAUAUAACUAUGUAUAUCAUAUGCGAAGACACACAGGGGAGAAACCUUAUGUAUGUGACAAGUGUGGGAAAGCUUUCGCACAUCGUAGAUUCCUGGUGAAACAUAUGUUGAUACAUGUUGAAAAUAAACCAUGGAAAUGUGAGUUGUGCUCAGCUCAGUUCUGUCAGAAAACUGAAUACAGCAUGCAUAUGAAUGGUCAUCAAGGUAACCGGCCACAUGAAUGUAGGGUUUGUGGUAUGAAGUUUCUAAGUAAAGGUAUGCUGAAUACACAUCAAGCCAAUGUACAUAUGGGAAUAACAAGGUUUGAGUGUGAAAUUUGUAAUAGACGUUUCUUUAAACGAUCGAGUUUGAACGUUCACCAGGCAACCCAUUAUGAGGCAACUAUGAAAUGUCAUUAUUGUGACAGAAUGUUUAAAGAUAAAGCUGGUCUUAAAAGACAUGAACGUAUCCAUACAGGUGAGAAACGGUUUAGAUGUCACAUCUGUAGCCACGAGUUUAUACAAAGUACACCAUAUUGGGUACAUAUGGAGAAACGCCAUCAGAUGGAUCGAGAAUCUGUCAAGAACAUGCUGAAAGAUAUUCGAGAAAGUAACAAACGUCAUGGAAUCCCAACAGAAAUCAAUGUUCUUCCAAAAAAUGUUGAUCAUUUAUUGGUUGCUUCAGAAAACAGUGAAAACAAACAAAUAAAAGCUUCGAAAUCUCUAAAGAAAAACACCUCAGAAAAGUUAGAUGGAAAUUUGAAAUCUGCAGAGAAUGUGAAUAUGAACAGUAAUUUAACGUCUCACAGAUCAUUUCAUCAGAUAAAAAGUGAAGAUAAUACAAUAAAUGCAGGACCUCUGAAAUCAUAUACUAAUAUUAAAGUUCCAAAUUUUAAUACAUCAAAUGUUUCAGCAAUGUCAACCUCAAAUAUCUAUUCGUCUCCAGAUAAUAAUGAACCCCUCUCUUUACAGCAGAAUUUUAGAUACAUCACCUCAGGACAGGAACCAGAUAUUGUUCAAACUUCACAUUGUGGGCCUGGCUCUGCUUCUUUACAGGAAGUGACAUCAGCAAAUUGUCAGUCAUUAGGUGUACCAGCUAGUAUACCAGUACCAGUAAGUUUGACAACACCAGAAGGGUUACAUGUAAACUUAUUAAAUCAUGGGUUUAUAGGUCUCAACCCACUACAACAGGCUUCCGACUACUCUAGUAGUAUACCUCCUAGCACAGGAAACUACACAGAUAUCAGUCAUCAACAUAGAUGAAUUAUUUAAGAAAUAAUAUAUCUAAAACAGUGAUUUAUAGCCCAAUAAAAUCACUGUUUGGAGUUCGGAUGCGAGGAAUUAUAUCAUAAGGACGUAACCCGAGUGAUUAAAUGAUGUGCAUCGGAUUGACAAUGAUUUUAUCAGGCGAUAAAAUCACCGAUUUGGAUAUAUUAUUUUGAUUCUAACACAACAUCAACAAAUAAAUGUUGCCGUUCCUGAUUUAAAGCUAAAUUGCACCUGAUUUGUUUCCAUACUUAUUUAAUUAGCGCGUCGCAUUUUUAGUGGUAAUGUCACAUGAAUAAUGGUUACGUCACAUGUCUAAAUAUAGAACGUUAACAGUGAUUUUAUUGCAUAAUAAUACACACUUUCAGUCCUUCUAUGUUCACUAGGAAAGAUACUGGGUCGUGUUAGAAUACUACACAGAUAUCAGUCAUCAACAUCGAUAAACUAUGUCUUCUCAAAUCAUUAAUGGUAUUUUAUCAAAAUGAUACAUAAAAUAUUUUAUACUGUUCAUUUUACAUUGAAAAAGGACUGUGCUUGCCUUUUGUGUCAUGUUUUUAUUUGUUGUUGUUUUUUCAUAAUGCAUGAAUUAGAUAGUGAUUUGUAUACUAUAUAGUGUAGUUUAGCACACCAUUUUAUAUUACUAGAAAUGGUGUCUCAAUAAACAUAGUUUGAAGGGAUAUAGGAAUCACUUUGUCACAUCUCAUCUAUCCAGUAACUAUUGUUGUCUUUUGUUUUAAGCUCACCUGAGCUAGCUCAGGGUGAGCUUUUAGGAUUGUUGAAUGUCUGUCGUCUGUCUACAUUUGUUCGUUAACACUCAAGUGGUCACAUUUUUGCGGUAAUCAUCAUCAAUCUUUGUCAGGAUGCUUUUCUAGGUAGCUGCUAAGAUGAGUUUUGAAUAUUGGUCGUCAUCAUGGAUGAAAAUCUAGGUCAUAGGAGCUAAAAAUAGAAAAAUCUUCUAGUGGCUACUGUUUUGAUCCAAAUAUCCUGGAAAUUGGUCUGCAAGUUUGCUUUGAUGAAUUCUAGGUAUAGUUUGAAUAUGGGUCACCUGGGGUCAAAAACUAGAUCACACUGUCCAAAUAUGGAAAAAAUUGUUAAAACUCUUGUGGUCACAUUUUUUACUCAUUUGUCAUCAAGCUUGGUUAGGAUGCUUGUCUAAGUAAUUGCUGAGAUGAGUUUGAUGGGUCAAGUGAGCAAAAUAGGGCCAUCUUGGCCCUCUUCUUUUUAUCAGUAUCUUUGAAACCACUAUAGGUAUCGAUUUAAAAACUUUAAAUUUAUUGAAAAGUCUCAAUAACAAUCUGUAUGUAAAGUUUCAUAACUCUUCUAUGUGUGUAAGUUUCUUUACUUCGAAAAUGCCUUAAAAUUUACACUUAAUCAUAUUUUCAUACUUAAAAUGAACAUGUAUAUGAAGUGUCAUAAGCAAACUAAGCAGGCCAAGUUCUACAACUCUUGUAAGUGUUUCGACAUAGUUAAACUUAAAAUAGUCCUGAAAAUGUUUUAAAGCGGAACAUGUAUUAACUUGAAACUUAACACAUACACAUAUAAAUCAAGCGAGUUGGGUUUCAUUGAAUUUUGACAUAGUUAUGUUGAUUGUUUUUUUUUGCCCCCACUUUGGGAGGGGGGGGGCAUUUAGAUUUACCCUUGUAUGUCCGUCCAUCCUUUGGCUUGUGUUCUUGCCCUUUACUUAGUAAAAGAUAUUUAGUUUUCAACUUGUUGCACAUGUAGAGUCAUAAUAUUGACAAAACAGAAGUGUGUGGGGGUACCCGUGUCCUAUGGACACAUUUCUAGUUUUAACUUAAUUGCUUCUGUCUGUUUAUAGAUGGUCACAAUAAAAGAUUAUCUUUAUUUAGACCUAAUUUGAGGAGUCAAAAUCUUUUCAUAUUACCUGUACAAUAUUGUCUUCCUUUUUCUUAAGUAUUAUAUGCCCCUUAAGUUCUCCCUUAUCAUCUUAUCAAAGCCAACUUCAAGUACAUUAUUGGGGGAGGGGUAUGAAAUUUGGUGAUGAGGUUGUUGUUGAUAUCUUGAAUCAUCAACUUAACCCUAUCUUGAACUAGUAGUAAAAUUACAAUUAUCUUUAUAACUGAAAAGUAAUGGGAUGUUGUUUUGAUAAUGCUUAAAAAAACUUGUUUUAAAUUUGUGCAAUAUUGUUUUUGUGUGGUUAUUUUUAACACUUUUAACUUUAACUCAACUUAAAAUCUACUUUAGACCGCCUUUGUGGUCGAGGGGUUAGAGUCAAUGACUUCUAAUUCAGUUACCUCUGGCGUGGGUUCGAUCCCCGGGAGAUGCUUUGGUAGUUUAGCAUGGAAGAAGGUAGUCUAGUACUGGUGUAACUCUCCAGGAACGAUGGUUAGGAAACUACCCGCCUAGUCUAUAUGACUGAAAUACUGUUGGGGUAAAGGCGUAAAAUGAAACAAACAAAAAAGCUACUUUCUUUGACCUUUUGUAGAAAAUAAAGUCCAUCUAACUAUAAAUGUAUGACACCAGUUUUAACAUUAACAUUAAGAUGUUAAAUGUGUAUCUGGCUCACACAGAAAUACAAACUGUUUAGAAUAUUGGCACUUUUAUCUUGCUAUCAUUUUGACCUUUGCAACAAUAUAUUUUAUGUGUGGGUUAGUAGCUUUAUUAAGAUAUUAUAUAUUUAAGACAUAAAAGAUAUUCAUGAUGAACAAAUGUUGAUAUCACUCUUUUUGUGUCGCCUUGAAAAGGCGACAUAUAGAGGUUAUAUAGGGGUUACUUUUGUCGGCGGUGUCGUCGG